CAAUCAUAAAAUAAUAUAAAUAUAAAAAAUUGAAAUGUAGAUUGAAUAGAAUUUAGCCAAUAGCUAUCAUUGUUCAAAUAAUCUUGAUUUUAAAUAUACAACAUUUUAAAAUGAAAUAUUCUACAUCACCACCAGUAAGUAGAUGUAAUUCUCCUGGUCCUAGUGAAACAAGUUCAAAUUUACCCAUGCCAGUAACUUACAGGCAAGAUUGUAUGGGUGCAGCAACAAAAUGUUACAAGUACUUAAGAAAAUUAUUAAAAUUUGAACAAAUGGAUUUUGAAUUCGCUUUAUGGCAAAUGAUUUUUUUAUUUAUAUCACCACAAAAAGUAUAUAGAAAUUUUCAAAAUAGAAAACAAACAAAAUCUCAAUUUGCAAGAGAUGAUCCUGCAUUUUUGGUAUUAUUAAUGUGUUGUCUAUGUAUAUCUUCUGUUGGUUUUACCAUAGUUUUGGGAUUAGGAUUUCUUCAAUUUAUAAAAUUAUUAUUUUAUAUGAUAUUUAUUGAUUAUCUUGCAGCUGGUUUAAUAGUAGCUACAAUAUUUUGGUUUAUAACAAAUCAUUAUUUAAGAAUUGAUAAAACUCAGGAUGUAGAAUGGGGUUAUGCAUUUGAUAUACAUUUAAAUGCAUUUUUUCCACCUUUAAUUAUACUCCAUAUCGUACAAUUGUUUUUAUAUAAAAGUUUUAUAAACUAUGAUACAUUUUCAUCACGAUUUGUUGGAAACACAAUCUGGUUAAUAGCUGUUAGUUACUAUAUUUACAUAACAUUUUUAGGUUACACAAGUAUGGAAAUAGUUCAUAAGACACAUAUGAUAUUAUCAACAUUACCAAUAAUAUUAUUGAUAUAUAUUAUGACAUUAUGUGCAGGAAUUAAUAUUAGUCAUUUAGUUAUGGAAUUUUAUCAUUAUCGAGUUGUUUGAAUAAAAUUUGUUGUUUCAUUACAAAAA